AUGUCAUUUCCGACUCCAGCCAGUACAGCAACCAACGACGCACCUCCACACCCACAGCAACAACAACAGCAGCAGCAGCAGCAACCGAAGCAAGAAGACUCACCGCGCUUCAAACCCGUAGCCUCCAUCACCGAAGUCCCCAGCCUAGCCUCCACCUCCGCCCGCCCCUUCACCAUCGCCGAACUCGAAAAAACACCCCAAAUCUUCUUCACCUUUCCCACCAUCGUCAAACUCAAAAAUCACGGUACAGUCCAAGUCAACAACGCAGCACACAUGAGCGCCUUACUCUUCUGGUACCGCUUCAACUCGGGCGAGUACAGCGAUGUUGAGCUCAAGGGGUUGGCGACGAAGAUGGAGGUUGGGCGGGCGACGAUGCGCAGGGAGGAGUAUGAUGAUGGGUGGGUUGUUGAUGCGAGUUUGAGGGAGGGGCCUGAGAAGGAAGGGAAGGAGAAAGAGGAAGAGGGGGGUGGUGGGGAGGAGAAGAUGGAGGUGGAGGUGGAUGUGAAGGAACAGGUGGAGGGGGAGUAG